AAAGUGAAAAGCAAUGGAGAAUCGAGUAUUCGCAUUUUUACGCAAAUAAACAUGCGUUGUACGAUUCAACUACUUUCAAAGUCGUCAAAAUUUCAACCACGGCAAGUUGGGUCUAGGUUAUUAGACGACGAAGGAAGCGCGUUUGACCUUGUAAAUUCCGUCCGCCGUGACAGACUCGUUCUGCAGUUGCAACUUAGUGCUCGGACGCUCCAGCCCCACCAUCCCCUCCAUCAUCUCAUUCUCCCAAUCUUCUCUUUUCACAGACAACACCGCGCCCAUCAUCUCCCUUCAUCACCGCCAAAUUUGAAGGCCUAGAAACACCCACCCUUCUCCUUCCGUUCCUUUUUUAUAUCCCAUCGUUCUCUCAAUCAAAACCCAGAACUCGGGGCCCUGUUUGCUGCCAUGGCGGACUCUCUGAAGCAAAUCUUGGCAAAACCAAUCCAGCUAGCCGACCAAGUAAUCAAAGCAGCCGAUGAGGCGAGCGCUUCCUUCAGGCACGAAUGCGCGGAGCUCAAAUACAAAUCCGAGAGACUCGCGGGGCUUCUCCGGCAGGCCGCGAGAGCCAGCUCCGAUCUCUACGAACGUCCUACGAGGCGGAUCAUCGAUGAAACUGAACAGGUCCUCACCAAAGCCCACUCCUUGAUUCUUAAAUGCCGCGCUAAUGGCCUAGUGAAGCGCGUGUUCAGCAUCAUACCCGCCGCCGCCUUUCGUAAGAUGUCUACCCAGCUCGAGAACUCAAUCGGAGACGUGUCCUGGCUCCUUCGCGUGUCCGCUCCGGCGGGGGAUCGCGGUGACGAGUAUCUGGGUCUUCCUCCGAUCGCGGCAAACGAACCGAAUCUGUAUCUCAUAUGGGAGCAGGUGGCGACUCUUUACACGGGUUCUCUGGAGGAGCGAUCUGAUGCGGCGGCUUCGCUGGUGUCACUUGCUCGGGACAACGAUCGAUACGGGAAGUUGAUAAUCGAGGAAGGUGGGGUUGGACCGCUGCUGAAAUUGCUCAAAGAGGGUAAGAUAGAAGGUCAAGAGAAUGCUGCGAGAGCAAUGGGCCUUCUGGGUCGUGACCCCGAGAGCGUCGAGCACCUGCUCCACGCCGGAAUAUGCUCUGUGUUUGCCAAAAUCCUUAAAGAUGGUCCCAUGAAAGUGCAAGCUGUGGUGGCCUGGGCUGUGUCGGAGCUGGCGGCGAAUUAUCCCAAAUGCCAAGAUCUCUUUGCUCAGCACAAUAUAAUCCGAUUACUCGUCAGCCAUCUUGCAUUUGAAACCGUUCAAGAACACAGUAAGUAUGCCAUUGAUCGCAUCAAACCUACGUCAAUCCACGCCGUUGUGAUGGCAAGUAGUAAUUCUAACUCUAAUAACACCAAUACCAAAAAGUCCAACGAGGAAGACGAGAAUCAGGUUAAGAGUCGGAUGCUGCAUCCAUUACAUCCAUUGGGUAAUGGAACAGCUUCUGAGCUGCAUCGAGUGAUCACAAGUACCAUGGCAAUGAAUGCUACUUCCAAGUCUGAUGAAGGAAUUCAGAAUCAGAACUCCCAAACCAAUCAACCCAAGAGCAAUGGUCUGAGUAACGGGAAACAAACUCAUCAACCGCAUCACCAGCCUAGCUACUCACAUUCGGGUAUUAACAUGAAGGGAAGGGAACUGGAGAACCCUGAGACUAAGGCCAAUAUGAAAGCAAUGGCGGCGAGAGCGCUGUGGCACCUAGCCAAGGGUAACUCACCCAUUUGUCGUAGCAUCACAGAAUCAAGGGCUCUCCUGUGCUUUGCAGUUCUCCUUGAGAAAGGACGUCAAGAUGUGCAGUUCAAUUCUGCUAUGGCGGUGAUGGAGAUCACUGCAAUGGCAGAGGAAGAUGCGGAUCUGAGAAGAUCUGCGUUCAAGCCUAACUCUCCUGCAUGCAAAGCAGUGGUUGAUCAAGUGCUUAAGGUCAUAGAGAAGGCAGAUUCAGACCUGUUGAUUCCUUGCAUGAAGGCUGUUGGGAAUUUAGCGAGGACAUUUAGAGCAACGGAGACAGGGAUGAUUGCUCCCUUAGUGCGACUCUUGGAUGAAAGAGAAGCAGAGGUAUCAAGAGAGGCAUGUAUAGCCCUCACCAAAUUUGCCUGCUCGGAGAACUACCUUCACCUGGAUCACUCCAAGGCGAUAAUAAGUGCUGGUGGGGCAAAACAUUUGGUACAGCUUGUGUAUUUUGGAGAACAGAUCGUUCAGAUUUCAGCACUAGUUUUGCUCUGCUACAUAGCACUGCAUGUCCCAGACAGUGAAGAACUCGCCAAGGCUGAGGUGCUCACGGUGCUGGAAUGGGCAUCCAAGCAAUCCUCCAUGACGCAGGAGGAAACAAUCGAGGCGUUGUUGCAAGAAGCCAGGAGUAGGUUGGAGCUUUACCAGUCUAGAGGUUCAAGAGGAUUCCAUUGAUUUCAUCAAUACAAGAGUUUGUUGUUGGCCGUGUAGAGGUUUUCAUUCAUUCGUUUCUUUUCCAUCAUUCUCGGGGGUGUAUAUACAGUCAAAUGCAUUCUUCAAUUCUUCGUGUGUAUUUUCAACUGUCAUAACAACAUGUCGUAAUUUAUUAUUUGUUCCGCUCCUUGAAGACUUGAGUAGUUCAGUGUAAUCAGUAACCAUUUUUGUUUUGGUUACCACCUGGUAACUAUUUGUUAUUAUAAUGACAAUGACCUUGACAUCA